UCAAAGAGGAGGAGGAGGAGGAGAGCUCAGUCCGUUUCAUUCUCCAACAUCCACCAUCCUCUGGGGUGUGUCUGCUGGAGCUGCAGACAGAAAGACAGACAGACAGACAGACAGACAAGACAGGUCGCCGGUGCACCGACAGAAAGAGCGUGUCCUUGUCUUUAUCCAGCCGGAACAUGGCGUCAAAAUGUCCAAAAUGCGACAAGACGGUGUAUUUCGCGGAGAAGGUGUCCUCUUUAGGGAAAGACUGGCACAAGUUCUGUCUGAAGUGUGAGCGCUGCAACAAGACGCUGAAUCCAGGAGGCCACGCUGAGCACGACGGGACGCCUUACUGCCACAAGCCGUGCUACGCUGCCCUCUUUGGACCAAAAGGCGUGAACAUCGGCGGGGCCGGGUCCUACGUGUACGACGCUCCCGCCAACGAAGCCCCCGCUGCCGUUUCCAUGCAAACAGAUGCAAAACCAGAGGAGGAGAAGAAGACCCCGCGUGGACCGGUGAAGGCUGCAAGCUUCUCCUCUUUCUCUGGAGGACCCAACAUCUGCCCCCGGUGCAACAAGACGGUUUAUUUUGCGGAGAAGGUGUCGUCUCUGGGGAAGAACUGGCACCGGCCUUGUCUGCGAUGUGAGCGCUGCAGCAAGACUUUAUCUGCCGGCAGCCACGCAGAGCACGAUGGACAGCCGUACUGCCACAAACCGUGCUACGCCGUGCUGUUUGGACCCAAAGGUGUGAACACUGGAGGCGUCGGCAGCUACAUCUACGACGAGCCUGAUGCCGAGGCUCAGCCCUGAUUCCGCCUCUGCGCUCUGCCUUCAUGGUGACGGAUGAUAUGUACUGUCAGGGAUGGACAUUUAGAUGUUUCUGUUGUAUUUGUAUAUUGUUUAUAUAUCUAUUUUUUGUACUAAUACUAACCGUUAACACGUCCUCCCGCGUGAGUUUCAGAUUUGCCUUUCAGUUUUAGUCUACUGGCCAGCAGUGUGAACCCGGAAAUGAUGAGUACCCCACAGAUCGAAAUGUAGGGUACGGGUCCCCAGCACAUAUAAACUGCCGGAUGCUAACUUGCAUAUGUUGGGCGAUUUGCAUAAUUGGCACGAGUUGCGUUAAUGAGCAUAUUCAGACAAUUUCGGUGUGGUUUUGGAUGUUAUAGAGCAUUUUGAAACUAUUUCUGACAUUUUUAUGAAAAUAAAUUUUAGUUUUGAGUCUAAUUCAUCAGAAUCAUCCCUCUGGGAGUAGAAAUAGGGCCACUUUCUGAUUAAAAACUGCCAUUUCUAAUCCUGGAAAUGCCAGAAAUGGAUUCAAUAUCCUCUAUAACAUCCAAAACCACACCGAAAUUGUCCAAAUCAGACAAGCCAUUUUUUUAGCUUUUGUCUGAAUAUGCUCAUUAACGCAACUUGUGCCAAUUGUGCAAAUUGCCCAACAUAAGCAAGUUAGCAUCCUGCAGUUUCUAUGUGCCAGAGACCGUACAAUACAUUUCUAUCUUAAAACGUUGGGAUUUUCAACAUUUCCAGGUUCACAAUAGCACUCUUUGAGCAGGCAAACAGACGGUUUCUUCGUUCUCUUUUGCCAAAUAAUUAUUAUUAUGUAGUGGAUUAAAACGCCUGUCACCAAUGAGUAAUCGUUUUUUAGACUUUGUGCACUUACAAGAUGUACUGUAUGAAACGUAACGCUGUCAGAGCUCGAGUGAUAGGGCUCUAAUCAAAGGGAUGAGCUGCACACACAGAUGUGCAUUUUACUGAAUGCUAGGAAGGUGAGUUUGAGGUCUGUUGGAACCAAAAGGGUUCAACUGUGCAUCACAUUUUCUACAAUAAAACUAUGUGAUACCAAA